AACACACACAGAUGCUGCUAAGGGUCUCUGCCAAACACAAACAGCAAAGCUAACGUCGCUAAGUCAGUCCUGCUGUGGGCUCUGCGCUUUGUACGAAUUUCGGUCCCUGAGCGGAGACUUGUGAUUAUUUCUGCGCAUAAAAUUGUAUUUUCGGAAUUUUGAUCGCAACGGAUCUAGCUAGAGAUCCCCCGAAUGUACACCUGGAAAGGCUCUUGACCAGUUAGCAAGCUAGCUCGCUAACCCAGCCUCAAUUGGAGCUUUUUAAGGCCGCCGUCUUGCGCUGCCGAGAGACGUUCUCCUGGAACCAUCCACAGCCACAACAACAGUAACAGUUAGCCAGCUAGCUGAGUUAGCUCUUUGAGGAGUACUAUCAGAUAAGUAAGAUUAGUCGACUGUUCAGAAUGUAAUUCAUUAGCAAAUCUAUACUUAUGAAGCAUGAAGAUAAAGGCUCGGGCAUUGGCCCCCAAUCUCUGAGUAAGUAAGACCUCCAGCUCCCACUAUUUCCCUCUGCCACAUCUGGCUGGAGGAGAGAAUGGGUUCCCUUGUUCCAGCUCUGUUCUUGCCUUUUCUGCUGGCCCCUGUAUGUUGGGCAGGGGACUGUAAAGGCCAAAGGCAAGUUCUGAGGGGACCCCCAGGAUAUGUUACAGAUGGGCCAGGAAACUAUUCAGUGAAUGGGAACUGUGAGUGGCUUAUCACAGCUCCUAGUACCAAUUAUCGCAUUGUCCUCAACUUCACUUUCAUGGAGACAGAGUGCACAUAUGAUUACUUGUUCAUCUAUGAUGGAGACUCCUAUCAGAGCCCCCUUCUAGCAAGUCUGAGUGGCACAACCCUGCCCCAACCAAUAGAGGCAAAGUCUGGCAAGAUGCUGCUCCACCUCUUCAGUGAUGCCAACUACAACUUGCUGGGCUUUAACGCCACCUACACGUUCUCGCUUUGCCCCGGGGACUGUGGGGGUCAUGGGCGCUGUGAUGCGGCCUCGUCCCGUUGCCAGUGCCAUCAAGGUUGGGGAGGGGCAGACUGCACCACUCGGCUCUGCUCCACAGACUGCACCCAGCACGGACACGGCCACUGUGAUAAGAAAGGAGAACAUUGCCUCUGUAACUCAGGCUUUGUUGGACAGAGCUGUCAGCUAGGUCUCCGUGACAACAGUGGGGUGGGACAGUGGUGGGAGGUGAACACUGGAGAUGUGAGGGCCUCUCCUCGGACUGCGUCAGCUGGAGUCUACUUGUCCUCCACCAAGGCCUUGUACAUGUUUGGAGGUUUUGACUUGAACAGGGCACUGGGUGAUCUCAUGAAAUACAAUUUUUCAAGCAAUCAGUGGGAGAAGUUGUUACAUUCUGUUGCGCCAGCUGCGCGGCAUUCCCAUACUGCAGUGGAAUGGCAGGGUAACAUGGUAAUCUAUGGUGGCGAACUUGCUAACCACUCAUUGGCUAGUGAUGUCUGGUUAUACCGUCCACAGCAAAAUGACUGGCAACAGCUUGGCCACUCAAAUGCCCCAGGGGCUCCUAGACUGGCAAAUCAUGCAGCUGCUAUCGUAGACAGCAGUCUUUACGUGUUUGGUGGGCGCACAGAGGAGGACAUGUUCUCAUCUUCUCUCUAUCGCUUUCGGCUGUGGAACAGUGUGUGGGAAACCGUGCAGCCAUAUGGGGGAAAGCCUCCAGCCACUGCGGGUCACAGCAUGGUUUUUCACUCUCCGUCCAGAACGCUGCUAGUGUAUGGAGGAUAUAGACCUACAACAGCCAGGUUCAGUGUGCGGGUGAACUCCACAGACGUGUUUCAUGUGGACAAGCGUUUUUGGACGUCCCUCCGUUCUCGUUUCCCUGCUAACGGACCUCGAGAGAGAGCCUUCCAUUCAGCCACAAUCAUUGGCAAUUACAUGGUGGUUUAUGGUGGGAAUGUGCACAUACAUUACAUGGAAGAAAAGUGCUAUGAUGAAGAGAUCUUUUUCUACCAUCUUGGCUGCCACCAGUGGGUUUCUGCUGGAGACAGUCUGCAGCAUCGAAGCCAGCCUGUAAGAGGCCGCUACUCCCAUGUAGCAGCUGUGAUGGACGGUCGUGUACUGCUUGUUGCCGGUGGUUACAGUGGGGUUGCUCUUGGAGACCUGGUAGCAUAUAAAGUCCCACUGUUUGUCAUCAGUGAUCCUGGAGAUAGAGAUGCAGUGUGUGCUGAGGCUCCAGAUGAGAGCCUGUGUCUUAAAAACCCAGAAUGCAGUUGGUGUGAGGGUCGCUGUCGGGAGUACCAGCCAACUGACCCGUGUGGCAGCACUGGCUGUUUGGGCUUGGCCCGUUUCCUCUCUGACUGCCAGUCGUGUCUGGUAUUCAGCGGGGUGCCCAAUUCUCUUCCACGUGCCCCCGGUGACUUCGGCUGGUGUGUGCAGAACGAUUCCUGUUUACCGGUCUCAGAGCGUAGUGCGUGCCGCGUGGACCAGAUCUCAGGGGCGUACGGCUGGUGGGGGGAGCGGACGCGUUUCCUGACCUCCCUCCCCUCCUGUCGCACCGAGAACUAUGUCCCGGGACUGCACCUGCUCACCUUCCAGCACCCGCGCAACCAAUCACAGCCCGACAAGGUGACAAUUCUUAGAAGUACCUCCAUCACGCUCAACCCCUCCACUGAGAUGGAUGUCACUCUGCAGUUCCGUGGUUUUAUUCACCCUCUGUGGGGCGCCCCACCUCCUGCGCCCCCUCCCCAGGAGACUAUCGCAAUGUGGGCCCGGAUCCAGAAGAUUCACUUCACUGUUCAGAUGGCUGCAGGGCCCAACUCUGUACAGCUGACGGAUGUGCUGGGACGUUGGUCAGCUCAGGAGGAGAAGCAGAACCCUCUGCUGACUCGGCCGGACGGUUCACGCCUGUUUCAGAACCUGACACGGGGGAACCGCUACUUGGUGCAGGCAGAGGGCUACCUUAACAACUCUGCCUCUGGCCAGACCAGUGAGAUGACCCUUAUCUGGAAUAGGACUGCUUUACCUGGAGGAAGUGAGAUCUCAUUCCUGUUUCUGGAGCCCUAUCGCUCAGACUCCUGUUCCGAAUACCGCUCCUGCUCAGCCUGCCUGUCUGAUCAGUCCUGUGGCUGGUGUCCCACCACCAAUGUGUGUUCACUACGUGCCAAUGUCAGUCAUGAGCCCUGCCUAGAGCUGCAGGGAGGAGAGCGCCACCUGCUGCUCAACCCCCAGCACUGUACACUAUGUGAGGAGUACAGAGACUGUGCAGCCUGCACUCAGGAUCCAUACUGUGAAUGGCAAAUCAACUCCAGUAAGAAAGGUGAUUACCUGUGUAGUCGCCGUGGGAGACUGGAAGGUUCCAUUCGGGACCCAAGUGGCUGCCCUAAAGUCUGUAAUCAGAGGAUGACAUGCGCAGAGUGUCUGUCCAACUCCAGCCAGUGUGCGUGGUGUGAGUCUGCUCAGUCCUGCUUUUACUUUGCUGCUUAUCUCACCAAGUUUCCAUAUGGAGAGUGUAGAGACUGGUAUGACAGUGUUCACUCAGUUCCCCAGUGUAAGCAGUGCUCAGCUUUAGCCACAUGUACAGAAUGCCUGCAGACGUUUCAGUGUGGCUGGUGUGGAGACUACAACAACCCCACUAUUGGCAGGUGUCUGAAAGGAGACUGGGGUGGAAUGAAUGACCCAUCUGUGACUAACUGCACUAUGGCUGUUGCUGAAGUGAAGGCCACCAGUCCUGAGCCACAGACCUUGUCUCCCCCACGGCCGAUGGAGCUUGAGAUGGAGCUGGAGCUAUUAGAGGGGGUGGAGGGUGAUGGAGAUGCUGUUUGGUCCUACCUGUCCUGCCCUGAUGUGGAGGAGUGUCGGCUGGGCCUCCAUACCUGCCACCCUUCUGCCACCUGUGUAAACACCCCCACCUCCUAUGAGUGCCAUUGUGAGAGGGGCUUCACCGGGGAUGGCGAGCAUUACUGCAAUCAGACAUGCUAUAAUGAGUGUCGUGAGGGCCAGUGCAGCGGCAGUCCACGAUUCGAAUGCGAGUGUUCCCUGGGCUGGACUUCAGACCCAGCUACUCUAGUGCUUAGUGGGGUAGAGUGUGAUGUUGACUGUGGAUGUAACUUCCACAGCACCUGCAUCACAGCACCAGGAAUCUGCGACCAGUGCCAGGACUGGACAACGGGGCCACAUUGUGAGCACUGUCGACCAGGUAGCUUUGGUUCUGCUCUGGCUAGGGGUGAAGGCUGUGUGCCAUGUCAGUGUAAUGGCCAUGGUGACCCCCUACAGGGCUAUUGCCACAACCAGACAGGCCAGUGCUACUGUACUCACCACACCAAUGGACCACACUGUGAAUUCUGCCUGCCUGGUUACUAUGGAGACCCCAGGAACAAUGGCACAUGUUUCAGACAGUGUCAGGGUCGCUCGGUUGUCUUGUCUUCGUCAUCUGUCUCAGCACUGCCCCUCUCAUCCUCUCUUGGCUGGCGUGGGGCAGUAGGGGGUCAGGGUGGUCUAUCGCACUGCCUCUGGGUCCUCUCUGUCUCUCAGGACCUAGUACCAUGCAUGCCAGGCCAGCUUUGCCCUCCUGUGGCUUUGACCCUUCAUCCAGACUCUUAUACACAAUGCACAAACUCCUAUGUUUACGUGUUUGAUGGACUACCACACUUUCUGAAUAAUGGUGUGAUGCACUCAGACCACAAUCUGAUUGGAGCCUUUUGUGGCACUACUCGAAAUCAGCCAAUCACAGUUGAAGCCACAUCUGGUGUGAUAUCUGUCUACUUUGAAGCAAAUGUGUCCUCGGCAUAUCCUCAGGGCUUUAAUGCCUCAUUCUGGGUGCGACGCUGUGCUGAGGGAGGUUCUGGGGAACACGGUGAAGGCUCACCUGAAUGUCAAGGCGUGGCUCAGUGCCGUGAUGGAAUCUGCCAGUGUCCCAGUGGUUAUGGUGGGCCUCUUUGUGACCGGCACAUCUGCCCAGGGGAUUGUGGGGCAAAAGAGGGCAGAGGCAUCUGCAACACGACUCUUGGGCUGUGCGUAUGCACAGUUGGCUGGGCUGGAUCUGACUGCUCCUCCAUCUCAGACCCAAACAGCCUGGUGUGGGAGACUCUGCUGGAUACACAACUCACAGCGAAUCCAUCUCAUAGGUUCUUACACAGAAUGGGCCACUCGCUGGUCCCUGGACCUCAGGGCACACUGUGGAUGUAUGGAGGCCUCUCUCUCACUGAAGGAAUUUUGGGAAAUGUUUAUAGGUACUUUGUGGUUGAGCAUCGUUGGACUCAAAUGCUUACCAGCUCAGUGGAGGAAGGCUCCACCCCUAUGCCACGCUACCACCAUGCCUCUGCUGUUGUACCCAUUCAUGACCGUCUGGCUGGUAUUCAGACGGUCACUCAUCACUUGAUGCUUGUGGUGGGUGGGGUCACUCAGAAGGGUGUUGCUAGUGACACAUGGAGCCUAAAUCUCAGCAGUCUGGUGUGGAGCAAAUAUGAGAGCUCAGUGCUGCCUCCUGUGGCUGGUCACACUCUGACAGUGCGCAGAGGCUUGUCUGUACUCCUUAUUGGAGGCUAUUCCCCAGAGAAUGGGUUCAACCAUCACUUACUUGAGUUUAACCCUGAGACUGGCAACUGGACAAUUGCCCCACACACUGGCACACCACCUACAGGUCUGUAUGGACAUUCCUCAGUCUAUCAUGAGCAGACUGAUGCUGUUUACGUGUUUGGUGGUUAUCGUUUCCAUGUGGAGGCUGUAGAACCUUCUGGAGAACUAUACAGCCUUUACUACCCCAACCUCACCUGGUCCUUACUGGUUCCUUCUCGGGGAAACAAGCCUCUUUCACGUUUCUUCCAUGCGGCGGCCCUACUGAAAGACACCAUGGUGAUAGUUGGAGGCCGGACAGGAGCUGAAGAUUAUAGCAACAGUGUGUACCUCUAUCAGAUCAACUGCAACACUUGGAUUCAGCCAGUAUCUUCAGUCGGCGAGCCAGUUAAUCGCUCCAUUUCCUUGGCUAUGGCGGGCUGGGGAGGCCGCCUGUUUUUGUCAGGUGGCUUUAACGGGGUCAUGCUGGGACGGCUACUGACUCUUUCCCUGCCCUCUGACCCCUGUGUCCUGCUGCCUUCCCCUGAGGCCUGUAACAGCAGCACUGGCAGCUGUGUGUGGUGCCGAGGCACUUGCGCCUCCUCAGACACAGCAGAGAGGCUGGGUUGCUCUGUUGGCCAGUCCCCUUGCUCCCCUACUCCCCGCUUCCCUGAUCAGUGUCGCCGACUGAAGACCUGUAGCGAGUGCCUGGCACGACACCCCAGAACAUUCACCAGCCCUGCACAGCCUGCUCUGCAGUGUAAGUGGUGCACUAACUGUCCUGAAGGAGCAUGUAUCAGCAGCUCUGUGAGUUGUACUUCGGAACAUGACUGCAGAAUAAACCAAAGGGAAAUUUUCCUGUCCAGCAACUGUACUGAAACCAGCUGUGAGGCUUCUGACUGCCCCAAGUGUUCAGCCUCUGGGAAGUGCAUGUGGACCCGCCAGUUUAAGCGUACUGGAGAGACCAGGCGCAUUCUGAGUGUGAAUCCAACGUAUGACUGGACGUGCUUUAGCUACGCGCUGCUGAACGUGUCACCUAUGCAGGUGGAGUCGUCUCCCCCUAUGCCAUGUCCUGAGCCCUGCAACCAGAUCAAAACCUGCAGUCAGUGUCUCAGCUCCCGUGGCUCUGAUGGGGGCUGGCAGCACUGUGUGUGGAGCAUGGCUCUGCAACAGUGUAUGAGUCCCUCCUUUGUUCCGUUGCGCUGCGAAGCUGGUCAGUGUGGUCGCCUGCUCUCUGGUGGAGACUCCUGCUCUCCUCACUGCUCCCAGCUCACCCAGUGCUCCCAGUGCAUUGUAAGACCGCAGUGCGGCUGGUGCGCAGCCCGUGGUGGCAACGGGGCAGGACGUUGCUUGCAAGGAGGUUUGGAUGGUGUGAGUGAGUCUCUUUGCCCACAACGGAACAGCAGUUGGUCUUUCCUGCAUUGCCCAGAGGAAGAUGAGUGUGCCAAUGGGCAUCAUCGCUGCAAUGUUACCCAGGACUGCCAUGACCUGCCUGAUGGCUAUCAUUGCACCUGUAGACAAGGUUAUAUACUCAGCAGUGUGUCCGGGCAGUGUGAGCCAGUGUGUGCACAGGGCUGUGUUAAUGGUACGUGUGUGUCGCCAGGAGUGUGCCAGUGUCACUUUGGCUUUGUUGGGGAGAACUGUUCCUCUCAGUGCCGCUGUAACAAGCACAGCAACUGUAAGAGUGUUACUCAGCUGGACAACUGCCUAGAGUGCCACAACCACACUAAGGGUCAGCACUGUGAGAAGUGUAAGCCAUUGUAUGUGGGCUCAGCAGUGGGUGGUGGAAUGUGUCGGCCCUGUCGAGAGUUUUGCAGGGGAAACAGUGAUGUAUGUCUGUCCAAAGAUGAGCACAAGUUGGCCCAUGGACACCCAAAAGACUAUCCACUAGACCGUGAAAGUAUUGUACACUGGGUAACAGAAGGUCCUACCGAGGAUAAUGCUGUAUGUGUGAGCUGUCAGAACAACAGUGUUGGGGACAAGUGUGAAAGCUGCCUUAGUGGCUACUUUUUGCUGCAGGGGAAGUGCGAAAAGUGUCAGUGUAACGGCCAUGCAGAUACCUGCAAUGAGCAUGAUGGUACAGGCUGUCCCUGCCAAAACAACACAGAAACAUCAUCUUGUCUUAGCAGCCCACAGAAUGACCGCAAGGAGUGUUACAAACAACAGUGUGCCAAAUGCAAAGACUCCUUCACCGGCACACCAGUUAAUGGUCGUCAGUGCUACCGGCAGUUCAAUGUGGACAACGAGUGCUGCUUUGACCCAACAUCACAGGUCAACUGCUUCCAUGAGCCUAACAUCCGCAACCUCCCCAAGGGGCGCACAGUCUUUUUCGCAGCUCAGCCCAAGUUUACCAAUGUGGACAUCCGCGUAACUAUUGACGUGACCUUCGGGGAAGUGGAGGUGUAUGUGUCGAACUCCCAUGACACUUUCAUCGUGGAUGUGGACCGCCAAACAGGCGUGCACACGAUUAAGAUUGAGGAUGAAGUCACCUCAGCCACCAUGACUCGAGGAGACAAAGAGGUUCCUCCACCAUUUUCCCCACUCAAGGUGAACGCAAACUCCUCUUCUUUGGCCCUACUUGGUCUGCAUACCAAACCACAUGGUCCAGAUCGGGAGGUUCGGGAAGAGCGGGCCGAAGGUCUUAUCACGUACAUUACUGUCUGGAAGCCACAGACAGUGCUGAUCGUGCGUGGUGUUCGUGACCGCGUUGUCAUCACUUUUCCCCAUGAGGUACACUCGCUAAAGUCCAGCCGAUUCUACAUCGCACUGCGUGGUGUGGGUACAGACAGCCAUGAUGGGGAAUCACAGGGCCUGCUCUUCUUGCGGCAGGAUCAGGCGCACAUUGACCUCUUUGUGUUCUUCUCUGUCUUCUUCUCAUGCUUCUUCCUGUUCUUGUCUGUCUGUGUGCUGCUCUGGAAGGUCAAGCAGUUCCUGGACUUCCGCCGCGAGCAGCGGCGCCACAUUCAGGAGAUGACCAAGAUGGCUUCACGCCCCUUUGCCAAACUCACAGUCUACCUGGAGCCUGAGGAACCACAGCUUAUCUAUUUGCCCUCAGCUGGUGGAGGAGGGGCUGUCUCUUUGGCUCACGUUAGGACAGGCAAGCUUGGAAGCAUGGUGGUCGGCCCACGAGGGCGUCCAGGAGCCCCGUCAUACAAGCAUGACCCCAACACUGGUACUGCAACUCACCACCAUCACCACCAUCUUGCCCUGGGUGGAGGCAACAGUGGUCAGCACCUUCCCUUGCACUACCUGAACACUCAUCACUAUACACCUAGCUCCACUACUAACCCGACUUCACACCAUCAUCAUCAUCCAGCUUCGCACGGCAGCUACCAACACUUCUGCCGCUCCGACCCUUUCCUCUCACAGCUCUUGGGCUUUUCCUACUCCUCCUUCAAAGUGGGACCAAUUACUUUGGAGCCCACCGACGAUGGCAUGGCAGGAGUGGCUACUGUCCUCAUUCAGCUGCCUGGCGGUAUCCUCGCACCUAACAGGGCAUGCCUAGGCUCUGCAUUGGUCACCUUGCGGCAGAACCUGCAGGAGUACUGCGGCCAUGGUGGAGCAGGGACGCAUCCUGGAGUUGGUGGUGGACGCAAGGGUCUCCUGGGCCACCAGCAUCUAACUACCAUGGCCAUGUGAGGAGCAGGAAGAAAGGUGAGAGAGCGUGGGAGAUGGACAGAUGGAAAAGAUGGAAGACACUGAUUUCAGAAUUUGAAGACUGCAGAGAGAGAAAAAAUACAUAUGGAAUUAAUUUCUUAAGGGGAAAAGAAGACAGAAGUUGGGUGUUGGGGAGCUGGAUGUGCGAGGUGAGAAUAUGUAGGACAUGUCAGAAAACAUGAAGAAAACGAUCUUGUAAAGCAAGUUGCAAGGGACAAGCUACUUGAAGAGUAUGUAUGGAUGUGAUGUUUUAUAAGGGAUGUAUUUAUUGUAGCAGGUAUAAUAGAUUAUGUGGAAUAGAUCAUACUGUACAUAAACUGUGUUAAUUACUAAGUGUCUUUUAUUUAUCACUACUCAUGAAAAGCUUCAUGUGACCAUGGCGGCAACAUUUUACGAAAUGCACUACAUGUUUUGUUGCUGCGUCCUGCCUUUCGUCCUACAUACAGCUACUGAAAUUGAAGUGAGCACUCUGCCUGUUACACAGACAAUUUGGCUUAACUUCUACAGAGUAUUGCCCAGCGAGAAUGGCGGCUUUGUUACAGAACCAAAAUGUGCUUUAUGACUUCUAGUGACAAUCUGAACUGCCAUUUUGCAAGAAGAGACAUUGCAACAUGUUCAAGUGAAUGUGAAAAACCUAACCAUCUGCUGAAAUGCGCCAAAGUGGCUGUUACUUGUUUGUAAUAUGUCCAUUAACUAACUGGUAUUGUUCUAUAACCAUGAUAAUGGAUUAUGCUUCUUACAGAAACAUUUUUGCUUUAAGGCAGUAGGUCUAUUGAAUGGUGAGCCAUGCAGUUAUUUUUGUAUACAUAUUUAUCCUGGCUGAUAACGCAUUUCAGUCUUGCUGAAUGCCCCCCCCCAACACCAUUGUAUUUCCAAUUUUUCUUCAUAACUUGCCUUUAGUAUCUUUGCCUUGAGUAGAAUAUAAGGAAAAUUUUGUGAUUUCAUUCUGAUUUCAAUUUCAAACAGAAGUUGUGUUUGAAUUGUGGACUGUAUUGCAGCAGUGUGAAUUCAUGAGCUAUAAAUGAAGGAAUCCACUGCCACUGGAGGUGCUCAAGGUUACAUGGUAAAGUGUACAUUAGUAAUCACUGAUUAAGUUUUUAAUAUUACUUAAAAAGUGCAUGACGCUAUUACGUAUUUUCCCUAAACUACAUUUUGUUCCCUCUAAGGGUAAACACAAUUGCAUUUGUUUUAUGUGUUAGCAUACUAGCAUACAAGUUACAAUUCAUGUCAUGUAAACUUGUAUGUUGGUGUCUGGCUUACAUUUACUGAGCAGUAUUUUUUCCUUAUGGUUUAAUGAUCGUGUCAGACAAUAAGGGCUUCUAAAAAGUACUGAAUUAUUUUUUAAAAAAUGGUAUUGUCCAGUCAACUUGGGAGAGAGAGUGGAACAAAAAACUACAGUGAGAAAUUUCAGUAGUUGAUUAACAGUAUCUUUUGAGUGAGAGAGUACUAAGUAAGGAAAAAAGAAGGAAGGAACUCGAGAAAGAAACAGGACUAUGACAAGCCUUUAUCAGUAUUGUCUUUUAUAUGGAAGUUGUUACAUUUUACUGAACCGGGUUUAAUCAAAGGUGUUUUAUCUUAAGAGGCCAAUUUUGAAUGUUACAUUUGAAAAAUCACCCUAGUCUACUUAAAAAGUAAAUGAAGAUAUCAUUUACAGAAAGUAAUGAAAUAUCAGUAUCAGUUUAUAUUCUGUCCCUCAUGUAGUUACUGGACCUCUGGAGUAUGGGAACAUAAAGUGAGGAAAUAAAUGCACAGUUCAGCCAAAAGCAAGUUUGUGUUUCAAAUCACUUACAGUACAGCUGAUAGAAAUGCUGAAAGAUCCUGGAGUAGGAACAGCAGGUUGAUAAGCUAUUGCUAAGGUUAGGGUGCACUGAUCUUACACUAAUUUUUGGUGAACUAUUGCUUUAAAACAGAACAAAGUAUUCUAAUUAUAAGAAGCAUUGAAGACCAAAAUAUGUACAGGUAUCCGUGCAUUUGUGGAAUCUGUGUAUUCUGUUCAGUCCUGCGCAAAUGCUUUUAUAUUAAAGUGAUUCAUGCUCAUGCCUUCUGUGUAUAGCAACGUGUCCCCUAUUAAACUUAAUCUAAUAGUG